AUGACUGAAAGAUCAUUCCAGUCACUGAUUAGUGGUAUUUCCCUGCAUGACGAAGCUGCACUCAAUAACAUUUCUCUAAAAGCUGCUCUUGACAGUCAAAAUUUUGAUCUUAAUGGGCAGAGUCAUGAUGAUGGAUUAUCUGUUCCUGGAAAAGGAGUAAACAUUGUUUCUAAGCCUAGGAUGCUUUCUUCUGGAAUACCUGCUAGUUCCGGUUGUGGGACACUAACUAUGGCUCCUGUUCCUAUAGGUGCUCUUGCUCCCGGUAAAAUUGGUCUCCCACUCAGUGAUUUGGAGAAUAUUCCUAUUUUUAACACUGGGGACUCUGGUCCUCUAGAACUACAAGCUUUGCAAGGUAGUGCACAAGCACUUCAAGGUGUUCAAACUGUCAAACUGACGUUUAUCAACUGUGGAGAUCAGCAGACUAUUCUUCUUACUACCCCUUCUACUCAUUUCACUAUGCCUGAUCAAAGUUUAGAUGGCAUGACUCUCACCCUGCCUGAUAACUUAUUAGCUACCGAUCUUAAUUUUGCUGGGCUUACUUCAAUGCAGCUGGGUGAAAUGACUGGUGGUAACGAUAAGCCCAAUUCAUCGGAAGGCUCCAAGUCCACAAAUUACACAAAUAUGACUUCCCUCCCACCAAUAACCUCCGUGUCGGACAAGCUUUAUAGUCAAAUCGCCAACGAUAACGAAUCAAUUCAGCAAAGCCAUAGUUAUGCUAUUGAGGAUUUAAAACCGGUAAUGCAAAAAAACAAUGAAAAAAUACAUGAUGGGAAUUCUGCUUAUGCUCACACUAAUCAGUCUGGCAAUUUGAAUGCAUCGCCAGUUGUUGUUACAUCCCAAAAUACGUUUAAUCAAUCAGUGAAUGUUAAACCCGUAAAGCUAAUUGACCCAGGGAACGUAUCACCUAUUCCCCAAGUUGAUGGCAGUGAUCAGGAAGGUAAUGAUCAAAACCUGCCAGAUGAUAUGAGUGAACUCAACACUAAGGAUUUAGCCCAAAGAAUAAGCGCAGAGCUAAAAAGGUACAGCAUUCCACAAGCAGUGUUUGCACAACGAGUUCUGUGUCGAAGCCAAGGAACGCUUUCUGAUCUGCUUAGAAACCCAAAACCUUGGAGCAAGCUAAAGUCAGGACGUGAAACCUUUAGACGCAUGUGGAACUGGUUGAACGAACCUGAGUACCAGCGGAUGUCUGCCUUACGCCUUGCAACGUGUAAACGAAAAACAGAAGAAACUCAGAAAGCUCAAGAUGAACGCUCUUCAAAAAAACCUCGACUUGUUUUUACUGAUAUUCAAAGACGCACGUUACAUGCCAUUUUCAAAGAAACUAAGCGUCCUAGCAAAGAAAUGCAGGCCACCAUUGCUCAGCAGUUAAAUCUGGAAGUAUCUACUGUUGCUAAUUUCUUCAUGAAUGCUCGUCGCAGAUCUCUUGAUAAGUGGGUGGAUGACAAAGAUGUGCAACUAACUGCCUCAACGUCUUCCCCAGUUCAUAGUCUGGAAGGGUCGCCACCAAACCACAGUGCACGCAUGUCCACCCACAUGGGUGAUCAUUGUGUUGUACGGUCAGCACAUGAUGCAAUUACUACCCCACACCUUGCUGAAUCAAUGAAUGACUCAGUCCUUAAUCGAAUCCCUGGUUGUCAUUCAGCUAUCCCAACUUCUGUCGAGCUUUCAUCAUCCCCUGCACCGCCUAGUUUAACUCCGGAUCCAUCAUUAUCUUUGAACCAUUCUGACGUCCAUCUCAAUGCACCCUGUCUUGUUAGCGAAGAUGCUCGUAACACCUUGCUUUUAUCAUCUGGUGACUCAAAUGUGUUGCCAUCUCAGUUGCUGAGUCAUUUAGUUGUUGGCGGACAAAAUGCUAUGUUAGUCACUCAAAAUGUAAGCCCGAAUGGUGAUAAAAACAUAAUGCACUCCACUCCACUUUCCUCGUCAUGCAUCACGUCAUCUGGCCUUUCUACCAUAAAGUCAGCAUUGGAUUCGCUGUGUGACCCUCCAUCUCUGUCACCUCAUUCUCAUCUUCCUCCCGCUCCCGUUGAGUCUUUGCACAAUAUUCAUCCUAUCCCACGUUCGAUGGCGCACCGAUCAACAUCUGAUACGAUUUGUGCUGCAAACCACGUCUUACCUUCUGCAUCUACGCUUAUAGGUCAUGAUAGACUUAUUGUUGAUUCUAUUGGUCAGUCCUCAUCUACAACAGUCCUAACUUCCUCACAUAAUUUGGCCGACACUUUAGUUCUACAUGCAAAGCAAGAAGAUUUAAGUUCCGGCUUAAUAAUCAAUGCUACAUUAAACUGA